AAUCUUGAUGGUGUGGCGCGGUUUAAUCUCGAUGGGCAAGAUGUAGGUUAUGCCGUUGCCGUUACGCGACCAAUCGCGAUGAUCGGCGAGGAUCGCGGGUCCGUCAAAGUCGGUCUUGAUGCGGCUUCGUUGGUUGGUUCGGCG